GGCCCCAGAGGGAGUCGUAUGGGAGGAGCCAGUGGAGACAGAGAUGGUAGAAGAGAGAGAUAAGGAGGAGGUGAGAGGGUGUAGAAGGUGUGGAUCGACUCCCACUGUGCAUCUGUCAGUGCAGGUGGAAGGGCUGAAGCUGGCUUUACUCUGACGGAUUCUUUUUGUCUCUGUGGACUGUUUUUCUGUGUGACUCUCAGCACUUUUUACAUUCCAGCUUUGGACGUUAUUAAAGUUUCAUUUGAAGAUUUGUUGUUGCCACCUGUGGAUGUUGUCCAUGGUUACUGAAUCCCAACACAGAAGCAAAAGACACCGGAGAAAACAUCCUUAAUAGACAUUUACUGACACUGAAUCACAUCCUUAAGGGUUUUUUGUUCCAGGUGUGACUAUUUUUUCAGCUUGGAUCAGAUAAGCUGUGUGAUCAUGGCAGACUUCCCGUCCAAGGUUACCACGGAAACCAGCUCCCCCAACUCCCAGAACUCUCAGCAGGGGGGCAACAGUCUGAGAGGGCUGGCCUCUACUGUCACCGUUAGGAUGGACAUAUCCUUCAUCCGAAGCAUCCCGGCCAUCCUCAUGGUGGUUGAAAUAGUUCUGGGGCUGCUCCACUGGGCGCUGAUCGCCAGUGCCCCGUACACUGUCCUUCCUGCCUAUGGCUGGGUGAUGUUUGUGGCUGUCACUUUUUGGAUCCUCACCAUUGUCCUCUUCUGCUUGAUUCUGUUUGGAGCUCAGCAAAAUAUGACCACCAUCCCCUGGACAAUGACGGUGAUGGUGUACCAUGGUGUGGCUGCAGUUCUCUAUCUGACCGCCUUCCUGGCCAACGCAGUGUCUGUCCACCCCUUCUAUUACAGCUAUUUCUACGGACAUAUGGCAGCUGCAGCUUUCUUUGGAGCCGUGGUGACUGUGGCGUACUCUGCUAGUGCUUUCUUCUCGUAUUUGGACUGGAGAGGAGAUGGAGGAAACGCCGCUACUAACACAGUACCUACAUAGGACUCAAACCUGGAAAAAGAAACCCCCAAGUUUGUGCUUCAUUUUGUUAUUAAAUUAACCCACCCUGGACUUGAAGAAACCAACCAGCCUUUGCUAUCUGGCUUUAAUUCUGACCAGAUCUUCUAACUGGACUCUUAACAAAUAAAUUAAGAACCACAUGUUGAUACUUUUUACUACAGGUUCAGUAUGGAAGAUCUGUGUGCAUGUGACAUUUGUGUUGAAGUCGGCUGUUUAUGAUAUUAGCCAACUCGAUUAUUAUUGCCACUUUUCGGCAGAUGCUAACAGUUUGAGUCUCUUCAGUUGUUGUUGUCACCACUGCAGGUAAACAAGGACCCCAGGUUCUGGUCAUAAACUAGUUCUAAUAUCGCCUUUGUCAUGUUUCCAAGCAAAUCAAAACAACCCUAAUUGUGAUAUAAAAUCCUGCAGAUCAUAGAUUAAUUGAUUCAGAAUCAUCGAUGGGUCAGUAUAGCAGCCCCUUUUCCACCAACAUUCCCAGGAACUUUUAUCACCAGGAACUUACAGUCACGGAAAAAAUUA